GAAAACAUGGCGUCCGUCUAAAACUUGAUUCUAGAGCUGAUAUGCUAAAUCAGCGUCGCUGAAAAUAAAGUUAGAGCUUGUAAAAGGUUUUCAAAAGCCUAAAAUCGGAGUUCCUCGAAUAACCGUUUCACUUCACGUUUGGAGUUACCUGGAGUUAGAGCUGUCGGUUUCUUUACCGAGGUCUCAGCAGUACAGCACCAUGUUAGAAGAAACGGGACCAGAAUGGCUCUCCGAGGAGGUGAAAACAGGAACAACUAUUAUCGCCAUAGAGUUUGAUGGUGGGGUCGUACUGGGGUCUGAUUCUCGAGUGUCUGCUGGGGCAUCGGUGGUGAACAGGGUGAUGAACAAACUUUCUCCCCUCCAUGAUAAGAUCUACUGUGCUCUGUCAGGAUCUGCAGCAGACGCUCAGACCAUCGCUGAAAUAGUCAACUACCAGCUGGAUGUGCACAGUAUUGAGAUAGGUGAGGACCCUCAGGUUCGCUCAGCUGCCACUCUUGUGAGGAACAUCUCAUACAAAUACAAAGAGGAGCUGUCAGCACAUCUGAUUGUUGCCGGCUGGGACAGAAGAGAUGGAGGACAGGUGUUUGCAACCCUGAACGGGCUCCUGACACGUCAACCGUUUGCAGUCGGCGGCUCUGGCAGCUCAUAUGUUUAUGGGUUUGUUGAUGCUGAGUAUCGGAGAGGCAUAAGAAAGGAGGAGUGCCAGCAGUUUGUCGUUAACACUCUCACUUUGGCAAUGAACCGUGAUGGGUCCAGCGGUGGCGUGGCCUAUGUUGUCACCAUUGAUGAACAUGGCACAGAGGAGAAAGUCGUUCUAGGAAAUCAAUUGCCCACCUUCUUUGAUCAGUGACAUGUUUGAUUUACUCACAGUUACUCAUCUUUCAGCUACAUAACUGUCAACUAACUCAGUUUGUGAGUGGAAAACGCUGAAAUAUGCCUUUACUUCUUAAUUAAAGGAAUAAAAUCACUGUA